AUGAAAACAUUAAUAGGGAAAUACCACUUAUUAUUCAGGAACAUUUUUGAAAAUAGAAGUUUUGGAAAGAAAAAAAAAAAAUAUCAAUUAAAUAAAAUAAAUAAAGUGAAUAAUUUAAAAAAAAUUUUAUAUACAUCUUUUAUUUUUUAUUCAAGUAUGCAGAAAAUUAUAGGAACACAUUCAGGAAGGUUUCAUACUGAUGAAAUUUUAGCUUCGGUUAUGUUAAAAUUUUUACCUGAAUACAGAAAUGCAACCAUUAUAAGAACACGUGAUCAGGAAAAAUUGGAUAAAUGUGAUGUUGUAGUAGAUGUAGGAGGUGUAUAUAAUCAUGAAACAAAAAGAUAUGAUCAUCAUCAAAAAGAAUUUAAUGAUACAUUAGAUGAAAAACAUAACAUAAGAUUAAGUAGUGCCGGUUUAAUAUAUAAGCAUUAUGCAAAAGAUAUAUUUAGAAAAGGAUUUAAUAUAACAGACGAAGAUAAAGUGAAUGCCUUGUAUGAUAAAAUCUAUUCUGCUUUUAUUGAAUCCAUUGAUGCAAUAGAUAAUGGCAUAAAUCAAUAUGAAGGAGAAGAAAAAUAUCAAAUAAAUACAACUUUACAAAAUAGAGUAAACAGAUUAAAUCCUAAUUUUUUAGAAGAUGAUGUUGAUGAAAAUGAACGUUUUAAAUUAGCUUCUAAUCUUGUUAAAGAAGAAUUUAUUCAUUUUGUAAAUUAUUAUUCAAAUGUGUGGUAUUUAGCUAAAAAUAUUACAAGAGAAGCUAUUGAUGAUAGAUAUAAUUUUCAUAAAUCUGGAAGGGUUAUAUGCAUAUCAAAAAACUGUCCUUAUUAUGAACAUCUUUACGAUAUAGAAGAAGAAUUAAAUAUAAAAGGAGAUAUUUUAUUUUGCAUUUUUUUUGAUAGAUAUAAAAAUUAUAGAUGUACCGCCAUUUCAAAAAAGAAUGAAAAUUUUACAUUAAGACUUCCAUUCCCAGCUAGUUUUAGGGGAUUAAAAGGUGAAGAAUUAGAAAAAGCUUCGAACAUAAAAGGAUUAACAUUUGUUCAUUAUUCUGGUUUCACUAGUGGAGGGGAAAAUAUCGAGUGCUUAAUUAAGUUAGUAGAAGCCACUUUAAAAGAAAAUAACAUUUCAUUUUAA